AGACAAUUUAGUCACAAUUUACUUUCAACAAUCAACGACAACAACAACGAAAGGCACAAUAGCCCUUGCAUCAGUUAGUGAACAGUUAAAUUGUGAUUAACUGUUGAACAAUUUAUAAUUUAAUCUUGACUGUGAUUUAAGUUGUUACUUUUCAAUUUAGUUUGUCAACUUUAAUCAUGAAUCCAAUGAUGAUUAAGACAAUUACAACAAUCUUAUCAAUUAAUUUAAUUGUGGUAACGAUGGUUAACUGUCAAGGUGAAGAUCUUGGUGGUCUUGGUGGCCUCGGUGGGGGUGAUUUAGGUGGUCUUGGUGGACUUGGAGGUGGCGGUGGAGACCUCGGAGGCUUAGGUGGCCUCGGUGGGGGUGAUUUAGGUGGUCUCGGAGGUCUUGGUGGGGGAGACGGUGGUGGACUUGGUGGUCUAGGUGGUCUCGGAGGAGGUGAAGGCGGUGGAUUUGGUGGAGGAGGUCCUGGUGGUUUUGGAGGACCAGGAGGUGGUGGAAGUGGUUUCGGAGGUGGUUUACCUGGUGGAUUUGGUGGAUCAGGUGGAGGUGGUAUUCCCGGUGGGUUUGGCGGUGGACAAGGAGGUGGAUUUCCUGGCUUAGGAGGUUUUGGCGGUGGUCAAGAUUUUGGCCUCGGUGGUUUAGGAGGUGGUCAAGGUUUUGGCGGUGGUGGCGGAGGACAAGGUCUCGGUGGUGGACAAGGACUCGGAGGUUUAGGUGGUCUCGGUGGACUUGGUGGUAUUCCAGGCCUUGGUGGACUCGGCGGUGGUUUUGGUGGACCUGGUGCCGGAGGAGCUGGAGGCGGAGGUGGUUUCCCUGGUCUCGGUGGACUUGGUGGUUUCCGAGCUUAAAUGAACUUCCCUCCCUCCUCUCUCUCUCUCUCUCUCACUCUCUCUCGUUGCUCAGCUGAUUAUCAGACACUUAAUUUAUAUAUAUUGAACUCAAUUUACUAUCAUUAGAUCAACAUCUUUACACUAAUUAAGUUAAUCAAUCAAAUGAAUUAAAUUGCUUUUAAUUUGAUUGAUUUUCUGUUUUUUCUUCUAAUAUGUAUUAAUCCAAAUGGAUCCAAAUCAUAAAGCCAACAAUUUAUUUUGAUGAUUAACAUUAUCCAUAAUAAUCAACCAAUGAAACAAUUUAAUCUUUAAUAACUGAAAAUGAAAACGUUAAUUGUUAAUCAAAACAUUUAAAUUGUAUGUUGUCCAUUACCAAUUUAAUUGUCACCUUAAUAAUAUAAAUACUAUAUAAAAAUCA